UUUCUCUGCUGACAAUUUUGCAGCCGUAUACAAGUGAGGCUGGGAGAGUACAACAUUGAUGUGCAGGAAGACAGUGAAGUAGUCCGGAGUUCUUCAGUAAUCAUUCGCCAUCCGAAGUACAGUUCAAGAACCCUUGAUAAUGACAUCAUGUUGAUCAAGCUGGCAUCUGCCGUGGACUACAGUGCCGACGUUCAGCCCAUAGUCCUGCCCACCUCUUGUGCCAAGGCGGGGACCGAGUGCCUGAUUUCGGGGUGGGGAAACACACUGAGCAGUGGCACCAAUUACCCUGAACUUCUCCAGUGCCUGAAAGCGCCAAUUCUGACUGACCAAGAGUGCCAAGAUGCUUACCCGGGUAAAAUCACCAGCAACAUGAUCUGCGUAGGAUUCCUGCAGGGUGGGAAAGAUUCAUGCCAGGGUGACUCAGGUGGACCAGUUGUGUGCAACGGAGAACUCCAGGGCAUUGUGUCAUGGGGAAUUGGGUGUGCUCUGAAAGGUUAUCCCGGUGUCUACACCAAGGUCUGCAAUUAUGUCGACUGGAUCCAAGAGACCAUUGCAGCCCAGUGAUGCCUUGACAACCACCUGGCUCCUUGGCCACUUCCCUCCCGCCCUAACACUCUCCUUAAGAAGACAACAGCACAAAUAAAAAUCU